CCGGCUCAAGCCCAUCUCACUUGUAACCUUACAUCACCAACCCUCAAGUAGCUAACAAUCUAAGAACACCUUUCUCAAAGCACAUCAAAAAUGCGUCUUCCAACCAUCGGUGUCGUUUCGCUCCUCUCCCUCCUCCCGUCAACUCUCGCGACCCACCUUCUCCUCACCAUCCCAACGACACCCCAACUAAACCCUUCUACUCUCCCACCCUCCACCCAUGCAAUCCUCAGCAGCAUCUCCCACACACAUACCGCGCCUCUCACAACAUCCAAUUCCUUCUCCUUCCGCAACCUAACAAGCGGCUCAUAUCUCCUCACAGUCUCUUCUCCAGCCCACGCUUUCAUCCCUCUCCGAAUUGAUAUCCACCCUGCAUCUUCAGAGCCAAAUCACAUUCCCAUUGAAGCUUUCACUACUUUCCGCGCAAACGAAUGGAGUAAUAAGGGAGAAACUGUUCCUGUUUCUAAACUUGGAAAUGAUAAAUACACUGCGGAAGUUAAGGCGCUCUUUGAGAAGAUUUACUAUUUGGAGCGAGUGGGAUUCUCGCCUUUGAGUUUAUUGAAAAAUCCUAUGAUUUUGAUUGCUGGGUUUAGUAUGCUUAUUGUGUUUGGAAUGCCUUACCUUAUGGAUAAUAGUACGUAUAUUUAUUCAUCUUGUGCUCUGAAAGUCAGAUAUAAGGCUCUAAAUUUUGUCAUGCAAUAUAUUUAUAUCGUUUCUAUACUAACUCUGUCUCUUUUCAGUGGAUCCAGAACUCAAAGCCGAAUUUGAGGAACGACAGAAGGGUGGUGGAAUUACAGGUGGUGCUAAUGGUGCAAAUCCAUUGCAGAAUUUUGAUGCGGCGGCUUGGUUGGCUGGAUCUGGGGGAAAGAAGAACGAGGGAAGUGCUCCAAGUGGUGGUAGAGAGGUUAUUAGAUGAAUGUAACGCUGGGGUUAUGAAAUUUGUUCAUAUUGGUAGGAAAUUAUGAAAUAUGAUCAACGUGUUGGAGUUCAAUCCCAGGACCCAUGUGUCAAUCAACCAGGCGAAAGGUAGUCCGGAGAAAGCGGGGAUGUCAAGACAACAUACU